CUCUCUUUCUUGACUUUCUUUCUCUCUCUCUCUCAGCUGUUGUUGGUUUCAAUUUCGGUCAAUACCGUUGUCCACUUCCCCCAAUCCCACUACUUUUGGACUCAGAAUCUCCCAAAAUCGGAAUUUGUAGCGAAAUAUGACCUCUCAUCAACCUAAGCAAAGAAUAAAUAUGUCUCAUGGAUUCAUGAAGUCUGUUAUCAGAAAUCAAAUCGACAGGGAUAACUAUGAUAAAGAAGUAAAAGCCAAGCAAGAACAAGUACAAGGGAAGCCGCGGGGACGAGGCUCGGGGAACAGGUCGAAGAAACCCGAGAUUCAGACCUACGUCCCCCCUCAGAGAUCAAAGAAAGACCCGCAGGAAAAUUUAUUCACGGUGGAGUAUGAGCACAAAACUGGAGAGAUCCACAAAGUGAGCAUGUCCAAGGUUGAUAUACCCGAGGAGGUAGCCAAAAAAAUUGGUGCCAAAUUUGAGCUUCCGAGCGUGUUUGUUGAUGCCUUGGCACAGCGGCUGCAUGAAGAGAUGGAACAAAGGGCAGAUAUCUGAGGUGGAAAAGUAAAAGUCUGAAACGUCUGCUCACCUACUGGGACCCACCACUUCCUGAUGUGACAUGCUUUGUGCCGGCGCUCAUCUGACGUCGUUCAUGUGACAGUGUGACAGCGUUCAUAUGACGGUGCGGCGGCAUUCAUGUGAUGGUGUGACAACGUUCCAUGUGACGAUGUUCAUAUGACGACGCUCAUGUGCCCUGCGUCGGGACCACAGCCGCUCCACAAUAACAGCUGCUGGCCCCGCCCUCCCCCCCGUGUGUGGAACUGACACAAAGGAAGUGUCGGGUUUGUCUCUGCUGCUCGACCUGCCCUUGACGUCUUCGCUGUAAGCUGCUCCGGUGCCGGGGCUGUGCUGUAAUGCUUAUCUCACACUAACAAACGCUACUAACCACAGUGGAUGGAAUGUCUUGGUCUGCCAUGAAUUGGUCACUUUUAAGGACAAGCGGGCCAACCCAAAUUUUGGGGGUUUCCAGAAAUUUUGACCUACACCAAAA